AUGCAUAUCUUCAUUGGUGAAAUUACUGGAAGAUAUCUAUAUGUCACCUCCACAGGAAAUAAUUUCAGUCUCAUUUGUGAUCUCAAACAAUCCUUGCAUUCUAGAUUCACUAUCAAAGAUCUUGGGAAAGCCAAAUAUUUUUUAGGCAUUGAAAUUGCUAGAUCACAGCACGGAAUGAUUCUUUCUCAACAGCAAUUCAUCACUAAUAUAAUCUCAGACACUGGUUUAUCUACAGCCAAACCAGCACAAACUCCAUACAGUCAGGGCACCAAGUUAACAGCUAAUAUGGAUAAUUUACUUCCUGAUCCUGAACCUUUCAGAAAAUUGCUUGGUAGAUUACUUUACUUGUCACUCACAAGGCCUGACAUUUCCUUUGCUGUAUAG